CUCGGACCUAGUUCGCGACGACAUGGCCAAACGUACCAAGAAAGUCGGGAUCGUCGGUAAAUACGGGACGCGCUAUGGGGCCUCCCUCCGGAAAAUGGUGAAGAAAAUUGAAAUCAGCCAGCACGCCAAGUACACUUGCUCUUUCUGUGGCAAAACCAAGAUGAAGAGAUGAGCUGUGGGGAUCUGGCACUGUGGUUCCUGCAUGAAGACAGUGGCCGGCGGUGCCUGGACAUACAAUACCACUUCCGCUGUCACGGUAAAGUCCGCCAUCAGAAGACUGAAGGAGUUGAAAGACCAGUAGACGCUCUUCUACUCUUUGAGACAUCACUGGCCUAUAAUAAAUGGGUUAAUUUAUGUAAAAAAA